GCAGGCGCACGGUGGCAGGCGCCAUGGCGCCGCCGGGCUCCGUGAGUCGGUACCUGCUGCUGAUGGCACAGGAGCACCUGGAGUUCCGCCUGCCGGAAAUAAAGUCUUUACUAUCUCUGUUUGGAGGCCAGUUCAUUAACAGUCAGGAAACUUAUGGAAAGUCUCCAUUUUGGAUUCUGAGCAUUCCCUCUGAAGAUAUUGCAAGAAACUUAAUGAAGCGGACCGUGUGCGCCAAGUCUAUAUUUGAACUAUGGGGUCAUGGAAAAUCUCCUGAGGAGCUGUAUACUUCUCUUAAAAAUUACCCUGUGGAAAAGAUGGUUCCAUUUCUACAUUCAGACUCUACGUAUAAAAUAAAGAUUCACACGUUUAAUAAAACAUUGACUCAAGAAGAAAAAGUCAAACGAAUAGAUGCACUUGAAUUUCUUCCAUUUGAGGGAAAAGUGAACUUAAGGACACCACAACAUGUAUUCUCUGUUUUGGAGGACUAUGGUUUGGACCCAAACUGCAUCCCCGAGAAGCCGCAUAAUAUUUAUUUUGGUAGAUGGAUUGCAGAUGGGCAAAGAGAGCUAAUUGAGUCAUAUAGUGUCAAAAAGAGACAUUUUAUUGGAGGUACAAGUAUGGAUGCUGGUUUAUCAUUCAUCAUGGCCAACCAUGCCAGAGUGAAAGAAAAUGAUGUUGUCUUUGAUCCAUUUGUUGGAACAGGUGGUCUCCUGAUAGCAUCUGCUCACUUUGGUGCAUAUGUGUGUGGGACAGACAUAGACUACAACACAGUUCACGGCUUAGGAAAGGCUACUAGAAAGAACCAGAAAUGGCGAGGACCAGAUGAAAACAUCAGGGCAAAUCUUCGUCAGUAUGGUUUAGAGAAGUUUUAUCUUGAUGUCUUGGUUUCAGAUGCUUCUAAGCCUUCCUGGAGGAAGGGAACAUAUUUUGAUGCAAUCAUCACAGAUCCUCCAUAUGGUAUCAGAGAAUCUACAAGAAGAUCAGGUUCACAGAAGAAAAUACCAAAGGGAAUAGAAAAAUGUCCAGAAAGCCAUGUUCCUGUCUCCUUGAAUUACCACCUGGGUGACAUGUUUUUUGACCUAUUAAACUUUGCAGCUGAGACCCUCGUCCUGGGCGGAAGACUAGUCUAUUGGUUACCAGUGUAUACUCCAGAGUACAGUGAAGAAAUGGUGCCCUGGCACCCUUGCCUCGCACUUCUCAGCAACUGUGAACAAAAGCUUUCCGGUCACACAGCAAGACGUUUGAUCACCAUGGAAAAGGUGAAGGAGUUUGAGAACCGGGACCAGUAUUCACACCUGCUGCGUGAUCGUUUUCUGCCAUUCCAAGGUCUUAAUUCCUUCCGAGAGAAAUAUUUUAGUGGUAUAACAAAAAGAAAUGCCAAGGAAGAAAAAUCCGGCCAAGAGUGAGAACUAUGAUUUUGACACCCAAGAAAAAAUAAGAAUUUUAUAGAAAAGGUCAUUGGAUGUGAAUUUGUGUGUAUGAUUUAUAAAACCUAUUCUGUUUUAAAUUUUUUAUAUAAAUAACUGCUAUUAUUCAGAAUUGAAUAAUUUCAAAAUAGUCUUUCUUUUAGAGACUAUUUUGAUGUUAUGUGUCUUUUGAACCUGGUUAAAUGCCAGGGACUGAUACAUAUAGACAGACUCAGUGUUUAUAUUUUAUACAAAGAAAAUACUGUUAACUUUUAAUCAGUAUCUACCAGAUAUAUGGUAGGUAAUUAAUAGUGAUUUAGAAUUGACUAGUUUUGUAAAUUUGCUUGGUUUAGUUUUGUUGUAACUGUUUUUCAUUGCCACCAAUAAACUGUACUGGAAAUUUCUAAAAAUUGUGUGUUUAUGAGCUCAUGUCACGGAGAACUUUGAGGAAAAUGAAUGUUUAAUAUAAAUUUCAUACUGGUCAUAACAGCGGUGGCCAAGCUGAUGCAAGGAAGGCUAAAGCCUGAGAACCACAGAGAUUCCAUGCCUAAGACUUCCAUGGGCCCAUGUACAUCUGAAGGUAUCUGCACCUUGGGUUUACUCGUGUAUUUCUAAAAUUUGACUGUUGGUCAAGUUAACUACCUACCCUCCGGUUUUUGUUCAGAAAGUAACUGACAGUUAAAGCAGGAACAGCAGCUCAAGCCCCUGAUGGUUCUGUAUUGGUUUGAAGUCUAAUCAGUGCUCUAUGUUGAGACAGAAGCUGCACUUUACUUGAAGAGGAAACUUUGCUGAGUCUACAUUUUGUCCACCAUGGAAAUAUCUUCUUUAAAAACCACUGUACACAUUAAUUCUAGAUGCUAGUAGCUGUUUUCUGUGGUCAAAUGUACUUCAGGGGGUAGCAGUAAAUGGAUACUUUCUCUCUAACCAGUGCUUAUUUUUAUUUGUGUUGUUAUUACUAUUAUUUAUUUUGCUGUGACUGCUGAGUUUUCUGAACUCAAUAGAUACACUUUCAUGGCUUAGGAGCUGCAAAAGACCAGUGCUCAGAGGUGAGGCAUUCUUGGUUCUGGCUGUCUUGUCCUGCGGCACUUGAUUUCAGCACGUCUAAACCUUUCCUACUUUGACUGGGUUUCUGGAUGUUAUUUGUGGUACGCUAGGGGAAAUCUAAAAGUAUUCAUGGGUGAUUUAUUUGCAGGAUUCCUGUUAUAUACCAUCUUAUUUUAAAGUUUUUGAGGUUAUAUAGGGA